ACUCCAGAACCAUGUAUCAUCAUAAAGGGCCUCAGACUUGCCUUGCUCAAACCAGGCGGAUGCCUCUUCUCUUCAUUAAUCCCAUCAGCCAUGAAACUUCAUUUGUUUCUCUCCACUCUAAUCCUCUUUUUGACCCUCUUACCGCCAGUGAGAAGCGGUUUGGGUGCUGCUGAGAGCCAUUGUCUCAAUCUGUCGGGCACGUGCAGGAGAGACAUCUGCAAAGUAACAGAAGAUGAAAUUGGUGGCUGCCGGAGAAGAUGGAAGUGCUGUAGACUGUGGUGGAUUCUCUUGCCGAUUCCAACGCCAGUCAUCUUUUCAGAUUAUCAAGAACCCAUUAAGCCUCGGUUGAAAUAAAACUCAGAAAAGCACCCAUGGGAAAGUCCUUAGCAACUAACAUUAGGUCACACAUAUUCAACUCUGCAGCUUUGUAAUCAGCUUAUCUUUUCCACUGUCAAUACAAAUAAAUGAAUAUUGAUUUCCAAUCAGCCCAGAUGCCAUUUCUUGGUGAUUCAUUUGAAAAUCCAAAUGAUAUCUUUCAAAUAAGAAAUACUACUUAUUUCCAAUUAUGGUCUUUUUUUUCUUUGUUGAACUCUACUUAGUGGAGA